CCCAGCGCGGGGACAGCGGGGCGGGCGCGGCGGCUUCCCCGCCCCGAGGCCGCACCCCGCUCGGCUGCGGUUCCGCCCAGCCCGGCCCGCAGCGCGCAGCCUUAGCCGCCAUGUCUUCCGGGGCCAGCGUGAGCGCCCUGCAGCGCCUGGUGGAGCAGCUGAAGCUGGAGGCCGGCGUGGAGAGGAUCAAGGUCUCUCAGGCAGCUGCAGAGCUUCAGCAGUACUGCAUACAGAAUGCAUGCAAGGACGCCCUGCUGCUCGGUGUUCCGGCUGGAAGCAACCCCUUCCGGGAGCCCAGGUCCUGUGCUUUACUCUGAAGACUGGGAAGAGGCUCGCCGAGGGAGCUGAGUGUGCAUGGUGAUGGAUGCCUGCUGUCACGUCCCAAGAAAACAGACUUCAAGAGCCAAAUCAUUCUCUCUGAGGCCUGGUCCUAGGUCAAAAUUCUACAGAAAUCAAUGUUUUUCUUUUAACCUCACUACCAAACUUGCUGGAUGCAUCUCUUUCGCCAUGGAGCCUGUGCAGCCCUGCCUGGGACAGAGGCAGGUUUUAUUUACUGGGUAUUUGCAAAAACAGUAUUUGUAAUUUUCCUAACGUUUUUAUACUCUAAUAAAAAACUUUUCAUAAAAAUUUACAAUUACUAAAUAAAACGAAGUAUACAGUGGGGGGAAUAAUUGAUUGAUAUCCUGAUUUUGUAAAGGAGAGCUUUUUCACUUCCACAUGAGCAAAGGGUCCAACGCAGACAGUAGGCUUGGGCUCUGCUCCUUAGCAAAUGCAAGAUUGAUGUAUUGUUAGGUUGCCCAUCCUGUGUGAAGCCAAUUAGAUCUUUCUUUAGUUCCUAUACUUUACAACUUAUAAUUAUGAUUGUAGUUUUUAAAAAUGUUGUCCAUGCCUUUAAAAAUGUUUAUAUGUGGCCUACAUUUAGAACAUUGCAAUUGGUUAAAAACAAAGUAUGAAGAUAUUAUAACCUAAAAGAAUUCAUGUCACACGUAUAUUACUGGGGUGGUGUGCCUUUGAUCUAAUUGGGGACACUUUUAGAAGGAAAGUUUGGGUUUGUAAUCAUCUUUGAAGAGCUUGGAAAUAAAAUUUUUGCCUAAUUCAUCAUUUUCCAUGACAACA